CUCUCCCCCCAGAUGACUUCCGCCACGAAGGUCUACUACAGCCAGACGACGCAGACAGACAGCCGCCCACUGCUCGGCUCCGCCCUGCGGAAGAGGCGGGUGAUGACGAAGGACGGGCGGAGCAACGUGCGGAUGGAGCACAUUGCCGACAAGCGCUUCCUCUACCUGAAGGACCUGUGGACCACCUUCAUAGACAUGCAGUGGCGCUACAAGCUGGUCCUCUUCUCGGCCUCCUUCGCUGGGACGUGGUUCAUCUUCGGCGUGGUCUGGUACCUGGUGGCCGUCCUGCACGGGGACCUGCUGGAGUUUGACCCUCCCGCCAACCACACGCCCUGCGUCAUGCAGGUGCACACGCUCACGGGGGCCUUCCUCUUCUCCCUGGAGUCCCAGACCACCAUCGGCUACGGCUUCCGGUACAUCAGCGAGGAGUGUCCGCUGGCCAUCAUCCUGCUCAUCAGCCAGCUGGUCCUCACCACCAUCAUGGAGAUCUUCAUCACCGGCACCUUCCUGGCCAAGAUCGCCCGGCCCAAAAAGCGGGCGGAGACCAUCAAGUUCAGCCAGCACGCCGUGGUGGCCCAGCACGACGGCAAGACCUGCCUGAUGAUCCGGGUGGCGAACAUGCGCAAGAGCUUGCUCAUCGGCUGCCAGGUCACCGGCAAGCUGCUGCAGACUCACCUGACCAAAGAAGGGGAGAACGUCCGCCUGAACCAGGUCAACGUGGACUUCCAGGUGGACACCUCUUCCGACAGCCCCUUCCUCAUCCUGCCCCUCACCUUCUACCACGUGGUGAAUGAGAACAGCCCCUUCCGGGACAUGGCCCUGCGCACCGGAGAAGGAGACUUUGAGCUCGUGGUCAUUCUCAGCGGCACGGUGGAAUCCACCAGCGCCACGUGCCAGGUGCGGACCUCCUACCUCCCGGAGGAGAUCCUGUGGGGCUACGAGUUCACGCCCGUCAUUUCUGUCUCCGCCAGCGGGAAGUACGUAGCCGAUUUUAGUCUGUUUGAGCAGGUGGUCAAAGUCGCCCCGCCUUGCUGCCUGCAUGAGACCGUGCGGUUUGGCGAUCCCGAGAAACUGAAGCUGGAGGAAUCCUUCCGGGAGAAGGCCGAGAGGGAAGGCACUCCCCUGAGUGUCCGCAUCAGCAAUGUGUGA